AUGCCCGAAGCGUACCCGCUACGGGAGUCCGACCGAUUGCGAUCUUUGUCCGUUGGCCUCAGCGCUCACGGCACAUAUCCACAGCAGGCAUUGGAGCAGGAUACAUUCCAUCAUCCCAGACCCGAGCAGCGACGACAGCACCAGAAAAUAAAUAUGUACAAAGGGUUCCAGAGAGAACAGGGUGAAAACCGCGAGAUUUGGACCUCGCCGCCUGAACCGGACACAGGGCACUUCAUUGGGAAAGUCACCCCAUUUACAUCACAUCGUUUGUACCCUGUUUCCGCAUGUGCUAUUAUAGCACAUCAGCACUGGACCGCCUCAGGCGUUGCCAUAAUCAUGAGUCUCGGUCUGCGUCCUGGCGGAAACGUCCCCCAUGCUGCCCCAGAUACCGCUAGGCCUUAUCCUCUCCCCAAGCUACAAAAAUACACAUUCGUCAUACAUUAUCUCAUCAUCCUCUCGCCUGAGCCUGGGGGGGGGGGGCUGCAGGAUACUUGGGACGCAUCACUCCACUCCCACGCUGCGUCACCACGUAUAACGAAGAUCUCUAGUCAGACUCUUGUGACCCGCCGGAUAAACUCUACAAGUGGCAGAUGUCUCCGCAGUUAUCUCAUUGGCGUCCUAUUUGAUUCCGUGGACUAG